AUGGUCAGUGGCUGCUUGCUUGUCAGGCCGGAAAAGUCAUCAGGGCAUGAGGAAGAGGAUGUCAGGCUGCGGGUCGCUGACAUCGCAAAGCGCCCGAACGUGGCUCAUCACGUCCAGGGUGCCUCGCUGGUGGAUCAGGCCGGUGUACAGAGCCAGCACCAGAUUGGACACCAGCAGAGCGACGGCAGCCGCCCGACGCCACGCUUUGAGAUGGGCCAGCGAGGUUCCUGUGUCAUCUUCAGAGGUUCACCUGUAUACGCCUAUGGUCCAGACCACUGCCACCAGGAGGAUUUUGUAUCGUCUGAAGGCGAGAGCGCAUCCGUGAAGAAAGAACGGGAGAUGAGGGCCGAUCACAACAGCGAAGCCCUGAGAGAGGUACCAGUGCCAGGGGUGAGAGCCGUAGAAAUCGGCCACGCCGUGGAAGAUGUUGAACUUGAGGAAGUUGAGCUGCACCAAAGUCCACUGAAACGCAGAGAGGAGCAGUUACAUCCCACACCCACCGCAGGAGCCGGCGGCUCUCGACCGGAGAAUGAGAGAGAGAAAACCAGUUUUGAUGGAGAUGAUCCGGAGUACAAACCCGAUAGGAACGUAGUCGUGAGUGAUGAGUCUCAGUUUGCGUUCAUCCUGCCAGAAAUGGUAAAUCAGCAGAGGAAACCAGAGGAUCAGGGCCGUGGGUCGAACGAUCACAGCCAAAGCCACCAGAGCCAACGUUCGGAUCAGGAAGAAGAAUUUUGCAUCUGCAAACGCAGCCAGGAGCGCCUGGACGACUCGAGGAAGCCAGAUCUGCAGGAGGGCUUCACGUCCUCCUCUUUGCUCCCAAACUUCAGCCGCGACCGGAGGCUCUCCAUCCGCCCUCAGCAUACUUCACCUGUCGGGGUGUGUGAGCCAGGUGAGUCCCGCCUCAUCCGGAGGCUGACGGACGAGGGUCCAGCCAGUGGCUGGUCGACACAAACAAACUCUGUCAGCUGCCCUUUGGCUGCUGCCGCUGGACGUCUAUCUGUUUAUCAGGCUGUUUUCACACGCUGUAUCUCCCCCAAAGCAGCAACACACUUCCUGUUGGAGGAGCAGUGCUCAGAGCAGCUCUUCUUCCGCACUCAGACCCACUUCCGGUGUCCCUUCUCACGACUUCAGAGUAUAGUGACAGCCACCGGGUCACAGAGCAGCGCCUCCCGGUGGCCUCCGCUGGGGGGCGCUGUGCGCAUGCGUGCUGCUGCUCCCGACACGCAGCAGAAGAAGAAGAACGCGCUGCUGCCGUACAUAACCGUCCUGGUCGUCGUUUCUGAGGUCAUGUUUCAACGAAGACUGCCGUUCACACAGCUGGCCAUGGCCACGCUGCUGGGAGUGAUUGGUGGGAUGUAUAUCUACAGGCCUUAUUUCGAGACAGUUCCAAAGACCCCAGGACAGCAAAACCCGGAUGUGCCAAAGAAACAGAAGGAAACGGACUGA